GGGUGCCAAAAAAUUAAUCAUUAAGUCUCUUAAAAAAAUUAAGUGAUUCAUUUCAAUAACAGAAAAAUAGAGACGAGACAAAAUAAAAAAUAAAUCGCAGUCACAAAAAGCGAUCUCCUUGACCUGAUGCUACAUAGCAUUCGAAAGUCUCUCGUGAGAUUUGAUAAUGAAAAAAAUUGAGUACUCAAAAUGUUGGAGGUAUUUAAGGUGGAUAAAAAAUGCAGCUUCACACGGCUUGUUUUUUAGCUACACGAAGUAAAUAUUCUGGUCAAAGUUACAUUUACAUCACUUAAUAGAGUAUAAGAUUUGAGUUAUCCAGAAAGGCAAUUCUGAC